CUUUUGCAUGGGUGUUGGGUGGUUUGUUCAAAUUGGUCACUGCAACCACCAUAAAAAUCAACGUAACAAUCAAACCAUGGAAAAAAUAGAAAAACUCCAAAUUCAUAACACAACCUCCUCCGCAUGAACACUGAACUGAAUCCAACACUCCACGCGGCCUUUUCAGUUCCACACACACUUCACUCUCAGCUCUCAGCUCUUCAAUUUCAGUUCACCAAUGGCGGUUUCGGGCCUCAGAGGUGGUACUCUUCGUUUGCCACUCCCCUUCCACCACCACCACCACCACCAUUCUCUUCGUUUUUCUCUUCCUUCAAUUUCUAACACCAGAGCUCAUUCCAAUUCCAAGUCAAAGGGUUUCACUCUCUUCGCUCGCUAUGCUCAAGCUCAGGACCUUUUCUCCUCUCGCCGUAUCCAAGAUAACAUUGAAAACUUGCCCAAGCUGGUGGAAGACAUUGUGCAGACAUCCAUCAACACAGGCCCUAGGGGAGUCUUUAGGCUGGCUCAAGGCGUUCAAGCCCUCGUUGGGGUCGGUCAAGAGUGGUUGACUGAUUUAUCAAAGUUGUCAAAUUCAUCUGCUGGGUUGCCGCCUGAACUGCAGCUUGGUUUACUUUCCCCCUUUUAUUUGAGGAGGCUAUUUGAACGCAUGGGUGCAACAUACAUCAAAUUAGGUCAGGUAUGAGUUGAUUCCCCAACUCUCUUUUACAAAAAGUAUGUACAAGAAUUUCAGAACUGUUUCGAUAAAGCUCCUCCUGUUCCUUUUGAGGAAAUCCAAUCAAUAUUGCGUAAGGAAUUAGGAAGACCAAUAGAAAGUGUAUAUGAGUACGUUGAUCCAACUCCUAUUGCUUCUGCCUCUAUAGCACAGGUUCAUGGUGCAAGGCUAAAAGGCAGCCAGGAGGAUGUGGUGAUAAAGGUCUUAAAACCAGGAAUAGAGGAUGUCUUAGUGGCAGAUCUUAAUUUUGUUUAUGUUGUUGCUCGGAUAUUGGAGUUCUUGAAUCCUGAAAUAAGCCGAACAUCGCUGGUUGGUAUUGUUAAAGACAUAAGGGAGUCUAUGCUUGAAGAAGUUGACUUUCAAAAGGAGGCUGCAAAUAUUGAGGCUUUCAGGAGAUAUUUGGAAAACAUGGGACUCACAAGGGAGGCAACAGCUCCGAAAGUGUAUCAAUACUGCAGUACACAGAAGGUUUUAACUAUGCAGAGACUUUAUGGUGUUCCUCUAACUGAUCUAGAUUCCAUAAGUUCUCUUGUUCCGAAUCCAGAAACCAGCCUUAUAACUGCUCUCAAUGUGUGGUUUGGAAGUUUACUUGCAUGUGAGUCUUUUCAUGCAGAUGUACAUGCAGGAAAUCUAUGGCUUCUACGGGAUGGCCGUAUUGGGUUUCUUGACUUUGGAAUUGUUGGGCGUAUAUCCCCCAAAACAUGGGCUGCUAUGGAAGUCUUCUUGGGUUCAAUUGCCAUUGACGAUUAUGACUCUAUGGCAUCUUCCUUAAUUGAAAUGGGUGCUACGAAUAAGGAUGUUGAUGUUAAGGCCUUCGCAGGAGAUUUGGAAAAAGUAUUCUCAUCGAUAAAGGAGCUGGACAGUGAACUAGUUGUAGCAACCGCAAGCGGGAAUAAUGCAACCACUGUUUCUGCUAAUAUAGUUUUCGAUGAGAGGCAAAUGAAUGCACUCUUCCUUGAUGUGGUUCGAGUUAGUGAAUCAUACGGAUUGAAGUUUCCUCGAGAAUUUGCGCUUCUCUUGAAGCAGCUCUUGUAUUUUGAUCGCUACACUCGGUUGCUGGCUCCCAAUUUGAACAUGCUUCGAGAUCAGAGGAUUUCCAUUGCCUCCAACAGAAGAAACAGGUAUAGAGACAGUUAUUAAUCUGUCAUUAUCAAAAGUUUAAAUGUACCUAAUUUUAGUUCAAAGAAGUUGUAUCUCGACAAGGUUAUUUUUGUAAAUAAGUAUUCCAUAGUUGGGACUUAAUUUUCUGAUGAUUC